GCUGGAGAUGUCCACAGAGGAAGCUGCUCUCAAGGUCAUCAGAGAGCAGCUCCAGGGCAGAGACAAGGAUGAGGGGCAGCAGCUCAGGUUCCUGCGGGCCAUCUACCCCGCGUGUCUUGCUGCACAGGACAGAGGGCAGGACACGCUGGAGCCGCACUGCUGCAAGGCGGCUGUGGUGGAGAGGAUUGUGGAGCUCAUUGAGGAGCUUCCUAAAGACUCUCCACCCAGCGCCAUCCUCGCCAGCUGCCUUGCUGCUGUGGGCAACCUCAGCACCACGAAACCUGCCUUUGAGCCUGACCUAGAGACCCACCUCUUGCGAGCUGCCCUUCGCUCCGUCUUCACCCUGGGCACAGAGAAGGACACCAUCAACAGCCAGGCUCUGCACAAAGUCAUGCCAGAGCUUCUGGAUACCAUGCUGGGGAACCCGCUGGCAGAGUCCCCAGACGCAGACAGGCUCCACUCCAUCUUGGAGCAUGUCAACCUCUGGGUUGUGUCCAGGGUGUCCCAGGAGAGAGCCAGGGCCGUUAGGAGCAGCACGGCCCUGCUCAGAUACGCAGUCACCCUCCCCGAGUUUGACCUCUCAGCAGAGUUCCCUAGGCUGGGUCACCACGUGACACAGCUGGCUCUGUUUGUCAGCGACCCAGACCAGGACAUCAGCCGGCAGGCCAGGGAGGGGACUUACCGGCUCUACCAGCUGCUGCUCCAACAGAGGGGGCUGAGCAUACAGGAGGCAGAAGAUCUGUGGUGCUACGACUGGCACCGGGAAGCAGGCUCCUGGGCUAUAAAAACACAGCCAGGGUGGGGGAGGUCUUUGGAAAAUUCAUCUCGGAGGGGCAGAGAAGAUACUUCCUCCAGACAGCAAUGCUGGCGAUCCACGACCCCCUGCUGCAUGUCAGCCAGGCUGGGCUGCUCCUCACAUACUCCCUCCUGGGGGAAGCCCAGCAGCUGAUGGGGGACAAGCUGGAGGAUGUCACAGCCAAGGUGAUGGGUCAGCUCCGCAGCAUCCGGCAGCUGCACCAGGUGCCCGAGGUGCUGCAAGGGCUGAGCCUCAUCUGAUGCCCUUAAAGGUUCCCCUCCCAUGUUCAGCAACUCCCGCU